AUGGGUCGUGGUCCUAAAAAGCAUUUGAAGCGUAUUAACGCUCCAUCCCACUGGAUGUUGGACAAGUUGACUGGAAGGUAUGCUCCCAAGGCUUCCCCAGGUCCUCAUAAAUCGCGCGAAUGUCUGCCUCUCCUAGUUCUACUCAGGAAUCGCCUUAAAUACGCCUUGACUUACGACGAGGUUAAGUUGAUCGUCAAGCAGAGGCUCGUUAAGGUCGACGGUAAAGUGAGGACCGACAUGACGUACCCGACCGGGUUCAUGGACGUCGUCUCACUCGACAGGACCAACGAGAAGUUCAGGAUGCUCUACGACACCAAGGGGCGCUUCUGUCCUCACAAAAUCACAGACGAGGAGGCCACCUAUAAGCUCUGCAGAGUGAAGAAGACGUUUCUGGGCCCAAAGGAGGUCAACUUGGCCGUAACGCACGACGGCAGGACCUUCAGGUGCGUGCACCCAGAGGUUAAGGCCGGCGACUCGCUUAGGGUCGAGGUCGCGACCGGGAAGAUUUUGGAGUACCUUAAGUUUGAGCCCGGCAACCUCGUCAUGGUCACCGGAGGCCACAACGUGGGCAGGGUCGGCACCGUCGUCAGCAAGGAGAAGCACCCCGGGAGCUUCGACCUCGUCCACGUCAGGGACUCCAACGACAGCACCUUCACCACGAGGAGCUCCAACGUCUUCGUCAUUGGCGUCGGCACCAAGAGCUACGUCUCACUUCCUGCUGAGCGCGGAAUUCGCAAGACCAUUAUAGAACAGAGGAACCUCAGACUUGCCAAGUCCGCCCACUAA